CGACAACAACAUUCAAAAACGAAAUGUCGUCAAGGGCAUUGAGGGAAGGCUUUAAACAAGUGAAGCCCAUUUUGUCAACUAACAGAGAUGAAGCUCGCUUACGUGUGUUAAACUUGUACAAGGCUUGGUACAGGCAAAUCCCUUAUGUUGUGAAGGAGUAUGAUAUUCCUGUCACAGAAAAACAGUGCUGGAAAAAGCUGCGAGAGGAGUUUGACAAACACAAUGUCACAGACAUCAGGACUAUUGACCUCCUUGUUAUCAAGGGCCAGAUGGAGUUAGUGGAAACAGUGGAGAUAUGGAAACAGAAAACACACAUAAUGAAGUAUUUUGGUGACACAACAAAUCCCAGACCAACAGAUUUUCUGUCUAAAUUCUAUGAUGGUCAUGAUUGAUGUGUGUACUAUGUAGUGAUUAUGAAGAGCUCCAUUUGAUAACAGUAGCUGGAUUGAAACUUAUAUUUGGACACUUUUAAUUAUGCACAUAUUUCUUGCAUCAUUUGUGCUACAUAUUACUCUGAAUCUGUCAGAAAUAGACAAUAUGAAAACAUGUUAACCUUGAGUUGUUUUGCCAAUGCGUGUUGUUAAAGAAAUGUAAUAAACAAAUGAAACGAGAGAGUUGAUUGACAUUGUAAUGGUUUUCAUUGGAUGAUGUUAAUGGUUUUCAUUUGAUGAUGUUAAUGGUUACAUCAGCGGUGAAUAUUAGGUUUUUGGUUCUAUCAUAAUUAUUUCCUCUUACACUUGUAACACAAAUAGUGCAUAAGUGAAUUAUGAAAUCCAUCAGAGUUAUGGUCAAAUGUUUGAUAAAAUCACAGAAAUUCUGAUAUUUUAGCUGGAAUGUGUCAUCCAAGUCUUCUGGGAAAGAUUCAAGUACAUACAGAUAUUGUUCAAUUUCUGUCUUAAAAUCCCUGCAUCAGUGCUUAAUUCAGUGUGAGUACUUAGAGCUAAAGAAAUUCAAGUAGGUACGGAUAUUGCUCAAAUUCUGUCUAUGUCCCUUCAUCAAGGAUGACAUUGAGUAUGAAUACAUAGAUAUGAAGGAAUUCAAGUACAUACAUAUAUUUUUCUUCCAAUUCUGUCUUUACAUGUUUUUAUCAGUGCGGAUUAAGGAUGCCAUUGAGCGUGAACACAGAGCUAUACAGAGAUUCAAGAUAUUGUUCAAAUCCUAUCUUUACAUCCCUUCAUCAGUACUGAUGAAAGAUGACUGUGAGUAAGAGUACAUAGAGCUGAAGGCGUCAUCCGGAAAGUCAUGUCCAUAUUCCAUGUCUAAGAUGGGACUUGACAAGCCGCUGGAUGUGGCCUCGGUGGAGCCGUACUCACGGGAGCUGUACUCCCCGGUUUCGGCUGGACUUGAAGCGCGGCUGCUCUUCGAGCUAACGCCGUCCUCAUCCGCAGCAAACUCAGGUGGUCCGUACUGUGUCUCAGAGCUCCCCCUUCCUAUGUCGGAAACACUGGCUUCUAGAUCCGUCUCAUCGUCGUUCAAGAUCUUGUUUCGAGCCAGCGACGGCUGCCAUUUUAGAAGAGUCUUGACAAUUGUACUGGGAAACUUUGCUUUUACGUUAUUGUCGUCACUGUUUCCGCUAGUAAGUCCACUGGUAUCUUCAGUCGGGCUUUUGUCUUUGAGAAGAUUUUGUGUGUUUGCAGAUCUGGGUCUCACCUUUGUCGUGUCCACAAAUGUAGUUUUGGACAUGUCCUCUCCACUCGCCUCGGUAAUGGUUAU